AUGAAUGUGAAAUUAGCUGCUCGGCAUUCAUUUUUAUCCGGAAGUAAACCACAUGUUUGUUUAACCUACGAUUUCUCAAGCUUGGACAAAGAAGCAAUUCUAAGUCGAGGGAUUUCUGUAAGACAAUUAAGCCCAUCUCUCGCUGAAUUAAAAAAUACUUCAAAAUCAUUUCAGGAUAUAAAUAUUACUACAGAAGUUAUUUCAAAACCUGACGCCAUUAUUUGUUCAAAUGAAAGUUCAGGUUUAGAACAAGAAUUUUCGGAUAUUAUUGGACUUGCCAGUGUGAUACAAACAACUCAAGAAUUUAUUCGCACCAAACCUAAACGAAGCUUUCAAACUCACUUAGUGUCGCCAAACUCCCUUUCACUCAUACCAAUGGUUGUUGGACCCCGGGCAGAAUUGCCUUGGUCACCAGAUCGUCUAAAACUACUCAUUAAAGUUUUCAGUAUGAAUGAAUUUGGACUGCAGGUGACUAAUUUGGGCGCUAUUGGUUCAUGUGACUGUGAAGGUCAAGUUCGUGUACACAUAAACUUACUUCGUCCAAUUCAAAUGUUGCUUACAGCUCGACCAGCUUCUAUAUUCGAUGUUGUUGGUACAAAAAGCGUAGAUGAGCGAGAAGAUGAAGAAGAGGAGGAGGAAGAAGCGGAAAACGAUGACGAUCACAACCCAUGGUUUUUAAAAAGCAAUAAUGAUAAUAACGGUAAUAUCAUUUUAUCACAGCAUUGUGCUGCUUCCAAUGUACCACGCUCAUAUAUAUCUGCUGGUAUGUCGAAUUCCUCACCAAAUGAAGAGACGCAUGAGGUAGGACGAAACGUUACUGGAUUACGUCGUCACCUAGGUCGAACAGCAUCUAAAGUGUCUACUUUCCGACUACCCAGAGGGAGUACAAAACUGUUGCAUGUUCGACUAUCAACGACUGCACAAAUGGUUAUUUGUGCAUUGCUCGAUCGAUUUGGUAUACGAGACAAUCCUCAAAAGUUUGCUUUAUAUGAACACACAAUCGAAGGGGAUCAAAAAGUUUCUGUGCGAAAAUUAUUUGAUGAUGAAUCACCGUUGGGUUUGCUAUUCAGAUGGGCUGACCAAGAUCCAGAUAAUUUUAACAAUAUCCUCAGUGUGAAGCGAUUGGUACUACAGGAAAAUGAAACUGGUGAUAUUGAAUGGUCUACAUUCAGUUUGUCUGAAUUACAUACGUUCCUUGGUAUAUUGAACCGUGAAGAGAAUGAUUAUCGUCGGCGUAUAGAAAUGAAGUAUGAAAUACGUAGAAAAGAAAUAAAACGUCUUAUGGAUUUACAUGUUAAGGAAAUGGAGUCAUCAGAUACAUCAAUUAGUGAUCCAUAUAGUUUUUGUGCUUCACAUGUAACUACUGUCAUUACUGAAGGAUAUGAUAAUGAAACAGCUACUGAAGAAUUACGUGAUAAUCCCGAUCCUACUACAUAUUCUUGUAUAGAUUCGUUGUCUGCUCCGGUUUCACCUACAUUGUUUCGUAAAAAGGAGGGACAGUCUCAAUUAAAAGAUGAACAAUCAAAUUAUCAUGAGGUUUCGAAUUCACCAGAUUCCGGUUCAUCUCCAGAAUUAACUCUUCAACACAAAACAAUCCGACAUAGUCAACUGUCAAAUGCUAUAUCUACAUUACCACGUUCACCACCAACUAAAACCUCUGAGAUUUCAACACCUAAUAAACUUCCUUCCAUCUUCAAAUCAUUCUCUAAUUUUAAAGCUAAAAAAGCUGAAAUUGCUCAACAGAAACGCUUAGCUAAAUUAGAGAAAGCGCGUAUCAAAGCAGAACAACAAAAAGAACAAACCAAAAGUCAUUCACAGUCAACAUGGAGAUGGCGUGGAUUUGGAACUCUUUCACCUUCCACUUCUGCAUCUAUAUCUCCACCAUUACCAUCACAUCAAUAA